UUGGUAUUGUAAGACACUUUCGUUUCUUAUAUCAGCUAUUUCUAAAGGUCAAAAAAGGGGUCAGUCGGGUUUUAACGAGUGUUUCUUAGGUUCACGGUACAGAGGAAGGGUCACACUACCACCAGGGUCAUAAAACUACUCCUGGAAAUGCCCAAACUCCUAUGAAAGCCUUGUCAUAUGUGUGUUUCUUAGGUUCAUGGUACAGAGGAAGGGUCACACUACCACCAGGGUCAUAAAACUACUCCUGGAAAUGCCCAAACUCCUAUGAAAGCCUUGUCAAAUAUGUGUUUCUUAGGUUCAUGGUACAGAGGAAGGGUCAAACUACCACCAGGGUCAUAAAACUACUCCUGGAAAUGCCCCAACUCCUAUGAAAGCCUUGUCAUAUGUGUGUUUCUUAGGUUCACGGUACAGAGGAAGGGUCACACUACCACCAGGGUCAUAAAACUACUCCUGGAAAUGCCCAAACUCCUAUGAAAGCCUUGUCAAAUGUGUGUUUCUUAGGUUCAUGGAACAGAGGAAGGGUCACACUACCACCAGGGUCAUAAAACUACUCCUGGAAAUGCCCCAAACUCCUACGAAAGCCUUGUCAAAUAUGUGUUUCUUAGGUUCAUGGUACAGAGGAAGGGUUACACUACCACCAGGGUCAUAAAACUACUCCUGGAAAUGCCCCAAACUCCUACGAAAGCCUUGUCAAAUAUGUGUUUCUUAGGUUCAUGGUACAGAGGAAGGGUCAAACUACCACCAGGGUCAUAAAACUACUACUGGAAAUGCUCUAAACUCCUACGAAAGCCUUGUCAAAUGUGUGUUUCUUAGGUUCACGGUACAGAGGAAGGGUCACACUACCACCAGGGUCAUAAAACUACCCCUGGAAAUGCCCCAAACUCCUACGAAAGCCUUGUCAUAUGUGUGUUUCUUGGGUUCACGGUACAGAGGAAGGGUCACACUACCACCAGGGUCAUAAAACUACCCCUGGAAAUGCUCUAAACUCCUACGAAAGCCUUGUCAAAUAUGUGUUUCUUAGGUUCAUGGUACAGAGGAAGGGUCACACUACCACCAGGGUCAUAAAACUACUCCUGGAAAUGCCCCAAACUCCUACGAAGGCCUUGUCAAAUAUGUGUUCUUGGGCUGCGAAAUGUCUUAUGAUACGACCCAUAUAUUAGGGAGGCCUCUGCUUGGUAUAACAGGGAUAGGGAUAACAUUAGGGGCAUGGAAGGGCUGUUUGGGUAUGAUAGGGAGACAAGUACUGGGUAUAACAUGGAUAAUGUCAACAAGGAGGAACAAAAAGUGGAGGCUUGGAGUAUACUCAACAAGGAGGAACAAAAAGUGGAGGCUUGGAGUAUAGUUGACAAGGAGGAACAAAAAGUGGAGGCUUGGAGUAUACUCAACAAGGAGGAACAAAAAGUGGAGGCUUGGAGUAUAGUCGACAAGGAGGAACAAAAAGUGGAGGCUUGGAGUAUAGUCGACAAGGAGGAACAAAAAGUGGAGGCUUGGAGUAUGGUUGACAAGGAGGAACAAAAAGUGGAGGCUUGGAGUAUAGUCAUCAAGGAGGAACAAAAAGUGGAGGCUUGGAGUAUGGUUGACAAGGAGGAACAAAAAGUGGAGGCUUGGAGUAUGGUUGACAAGGAGGAACAAAAAGUGGAGGCUUGGAGUAUAGUCAUCAAGGAGGAACGAAAAGUGGAGGCUUGGAGUAUGGUUGACAAGGAGGAACAAAAAGUGGAGGCUUGGAGUAUAGUCAACAAGGAGGAACAAAAAGUGGAGGCUUGGAGUAUAGUUGACAAGGAGGAACAAAAAGUGGAGGCUUGGAGUAUACUCAACAAGGAGGAACAAAAAGUGGAGGCUUGGAGUAUAGUUGACAAGGAGGAACAAAAAGUGGAGGCUUGGAGUAUACUCAACAAGGAGGAACAAAAAGUGGAGGCUUGGAGUAUAGUUGACAAGGAGGAACAAAAAGUGGAGGCUUGGAGUAUAGUUGACAAGGAGGAACAAAAAGUGGAGGCUUGGAGUAUAGUUCUUUGGUUAUAUAGAGAGACAAGGAGAGAGGCAAGUGAGUAUCUUGUAUCAGAGAACAGGCAAGGGUUGAGGUCUUUAUGUCAACAAGGAGGAACGAAAAGUGGAGGUAUGGAGUACAGUUCUUUGGUUAUAUAGAGAUACAAGUGCUGGGUAUAGAAGGAAGGGAUAGGAAGUGAGUAUCUUGUAUCAGGGAACAGGCAAGAUUUGAGGUCUUUAUGUCAACAAGGAGGAACGAAAAGUGGAGGUAUGGAGUACAGUUCUUUGGUUAUAUAGAGAUACAAGUGCUGGGUAUAGAAGGAAGGGAUAGGAAGUGAGUAUCUUGUAUCAGGGAACAGGCAAGAUUUGAGGUCUUUAUGUCAACAAGGAGGAACAAAAAGUGGAGGUAUGGAGUACAGUUCUUUGGUUAUAUAGAGAUACAAGUGCUGGGUAUAGAAGGAAGGGAUAGGAAGUGAGUAUCUUGUAUCAGGGAACAGGCAAGGGUUGAGGUCUUUAUGUCGACAAGGAGGAACAAAAAGAGGAGGCUUUGGAGUAUAGUCAACAAGGAGGAACAAAAAGUGGAGUGAUACAUUUAAUAAUACAGACUUACGUUUCCUUUCCUGGUCAUAUAAGAGAGUUUCCCCGUCACUCCCAUGUCUUC